AUGUGGGCCACCUUCCACGUUUGGGGACCUGGUCUUUGUGCAGUUCUAGUUUUCGCAUUCAAUGCCAAUGCAGAGACGUGCUUGCCCAACGGGAUUCCUGAGCAGAAUCGGCUGUACGUGUCGAAUGCCACGGGCCAACCGAGUCCUAUCCGCUUCGUGGCAUAUAACUGGGAUUCCGCCCGAGUGAUCAACCACGUGGCAGAGAUUUUGGUCUCCGAAGUCUUGGGUUUCCAUGUCUUACGAGAUCCCGGCAUCUUUUUCUGGUCGACCGAUGGCAUCUUGAAACUCGCAGGUUGUUAUGACAUGGCCUGUGCAGAACCCAAUGCAAACGCGCCACGGGCAGAUGUCUUGUUGGAUACGUGGUUGACCAAUGCACUAUUGUUUUUUCGCGAAUUCCAAGCGAAAAAUGGCCCGGUUGCUCCGGAAGACGUAGGUUCAAUGGGUUACGAAGGAAGAGAUGGAUUGUAUGUUCAAGGGAAAGUCCGAAGAGCAGCUUUCGUUGACUCUGGCCUUCCUUUAGAAUAUUACGCAAAUUACAACCUGUCCUUCCACAAUCCUCAGAAAUACUUUGACACUGUUUGGAGCUUGCCCACCAGUUCUUUGUUGAAUUGCACUGACACCUUCUAUGAUCAACCCUUAGAAUUCCGUGUGUCGAGUGCAAUGCAGAAUUAUUUGCGGUGGACGGGAGACUCAGAAGGAGUGAUCCAGCAGAAUGGUGAAUACUUUGCAAAGUGUCCAAGUGAACUACCUGCUUUUUGGAUUGCGCCUUCAUGCCGGCAGAAUGUGUCACAAUGCAUCCCAGUGAUUAUGCAGGGGCAGGGCAUGGCAGAAGUCUUCAUGCACUGGGCGACCACCUACGGAAUUCCUAUGGCGAUUUCCCAUCGCACUACUGCAAAUGCCUUUGCGAACCUUGCGGACCAGUUCCGGUUUCUUUUUUAUUGGUACGAACCAGAAACAACUCUCAUCCACAAGGAGCCCACCCGCAUGAUCCUGCCGGAGUACAGCCCCAGUUCCUGGGCUGCCGGAGACUUCCGGACGGCUCCCUCUGCAACAUACAUCGCGAAGCUGGUCUCCCAACACCUGGAAGUCUCCAGCCCAAGGGUAAGAAAGUUCAUUGAGAACAUGAAGAUCGAACUGUCACAAGUGGUUGAGCUAAUGGCACCCAAUGGCCUCUCGCAGCACGAUCCGGUGACUUUGAUGACCCCAAGCGAUCUUCUAUGGAGUUCUGCCUGCAACUGGAUCAAAGCCAACGGUCACAUUUGGCAGCAGUGGAUUCCUGUAACAACAGACUGUAGCAGAGGUUUUGGCAUCGUGAAUGCGGAUGCAACUCAUGUUGCUCUGCGCAGCGAAGCUGUGAGCUGCGAGGUUUGUCCAGCCGGACGAUUUUCCACCGUCCUCUCUGACGAGAUUGGAACGACUUUUGUGUGUCAGGCGUGUGAAGCUGGUUGGCAUCAGAGUAUUGCGGGGCAAACGAGUUGCUUGCCAUGCGAUCCGGGUAGCUUCACCGCUUUGACUGGGCAGGCACAUUGCUCUCCUUGUGCGCGAGGUAGUUAUGGAAUCUCUAGUACAGCCACCAGCUGCUUGCCCUGUUCUAGCGGAGGGAGCGAGCAUUGGACGACAAGCAAAGAAGAUGAAAUGGACUUGAGAUGGAUAGAAGUGGAAGGAGCAACAUCUCAAGGCUUCUGUCACUGUCUUCCAGGAUGGCAUUUGUCCCCUGUCAGUGGAGAUUGUGAGCCUUGCAUGGAAGGAUCUUCUUGUGUGGGCGGUGGAGUGUUGCAGCUGCUUCCAGGCUACUACUCUGCUAAGGGUUCACCAGGUUCCGUACUCCGUUGCUUCGGUGAUGCAGCUCGCUGCCCUGGCGGAGAUCCGGGGACCUGUGCGGCGGGGAGGGAUAUCUCAUCACCCAGUUGCAGCUUGUGCUUGCCAGGUUUGCAACCCAACGGUCCAGAGUGUGUCGAAUGCAGUGGUGGAGACUAUGCUCAGCUAUUCUUCUUGGCACUGCUGAUUUUGGCUCUCAUGGGGGGCUCACACAUCGUGAUUGCAUUGCAGCAUCGGAGCAGUGGUGCGCUGCAUUUCCGACUCUUAGCCUUGGCCUUGUGCAUGAAUCAACUCAUCACUUGCUCUCAACUCUUCUCCGUGAUGGAACAAGUGCAGGGGAUCAUCUUGGAAGAACCUUUCGUGAGUUUUCUCGAAUUCUUCUCAUUUCUAUCGUUGGAGGCAGUCCUUGGCUCGGUGCGAAGCAUUAGUUGUGUCACUCGUGUCAGCGCAGAAGUAAACUUGCUGAUCCGGACCUUGUUGAUACCAUGUUUCUUCGCUCUUGGGCCUUUGAUGGCGCAAGUGGUACUUCGAGCCAUUCUUGCCGUCCCCAAGAUCACUUUGCUGAAGACCUUUGGCUUUCUCUCGUUGCUCUUCUACAUCACCCUCUCCUCAACAUUUGUCGAGCCAUUUCGCUGCAAUUUGCAUCCCAACGGCUUGCGAACCCUACAGACGCGUCAUGAGGUCUUUUGCAACUUCUCAGGAACUCACCUGAACAUGUGCGUGAUUAGCUUUGCAGUGUGUCUUUUGCCGGUGGGUUUCUUCGCUUUGUGCUCCUAUGUCUUGUUGGUGAUGUUCCCCCGUCGUGUCAAUGAUGCAGAUGCUAGCUUUGUGCGAGCUUGCUCGUUCUUGAUCAUGCGCUUCAAGCCCGGCUGCGAGAACUUUACCAUCAUCUUCUUGUUCCGAAACCUGAUAUUCGUCCUUUCGCCCAUGAUGCCUGCAUCAGGUUGCCUCUUUGUGAUGGGUAUCUUGCUGGUGACGAGCAUCAUCUUGGUCGCUUACUUCCAGCCUUGGCGUUCUUCGGUGGCUUCGCAGCUCGACAUAGUCGUCCAACUGAUGCUCUUGAUGAUCUUGUUGCUGAACUCCCUCACAGUGCAAGAUGUGAAUGUGGAGCUCAUCAUGAUCCUUUGCACACUUUGCGCCUCUUCACUGAUAUUUGGAAUUCUGGUGGCCACGACAUAUUUCCUGGUGCAAUAUGUUGCAUCCAAGUUCCGCAAGAGGUUUGCCUUCUUCUUGUGUCAUCAAAGAGGGUCGAGCUCUGGCUUUGUGCGACUCCUCAAGAUGGAGCUGAAGAACAAAGGAUGUUCCUCUUUCGUGGAUGCUGACAACCUCACUGAUCUAACGCAGCUCUUCCGCUUUGUGAGUAGCGACACUCAGAUGGUGAUCUUGGUUGGAACUCCUGGCGUGCUGAAACGGAAGUGGUGUCUCGGGGAGAUCGCAACGGCUUACUUAGCCAAGGUGGAGAUGACGAUCUUGAGCUUUCCAACUUUUGAGAUGCCGGACGAGCUCUUCAUCUCAAAUUAUCACGAGAUUGUCCCUGAAGUGGUGGAACUUGCCGUGUAUGGUUUGGGGCUGUCAGAGGUGCAAAUGGCCUUACGCUCAUUGAAGCAGUUGAAAGACAUACCCGUUGGCGAUUCAUUCUCAAGGGGCCGCUUGAAUGAAAUCGUCGACAUCCUCACCAGGGAUGUGGAGACGUCUUCUACACCGCUUACCCCCAAAACCCACAGUGGGCGCAUCAUGACGGCUUCGAACACAAGCUGGACAGACUACAUCAUCUUGGCGGACCCCGGCAAUUUUGAUGCAAUCGCCACUGCCGAGGUCCUCGGUCGCUUUAUGGUGAGCAAUUUACCGGAGAAGGGCCUAUCUCCAUGUGUCUUCACAGUGGAAGAUGAUAUCUCCAAGGACACUUCCAACAUCGUGCUCCUGUUGUCAGAGAAGUGUUUCCACUCGGAACACAUCGCUCACUGGCUUCUACAGUCCCGGGUUCCAGACCCCAAGCUCUUGCCAGUGAUGGCAGAUACCAAGUUUCAAUUUCCAAACUCCACUGAGCUUCGCAGUGCUUCAAUCACUUGCCGAGUGGAUCAUACUGCCUACGCUCAAGUGAUCAAAGCAAUCCUUCUUGAAGUGGCACCUCCUUUCAUUUGCUCUGAGAGCUCAGAAGUGGAUCUGUUGAUCCGGAGCCGGCAAAUUUGUAACCGCUUGUAUGGGGAUGUAAGGCUUUUGAGUACCAAGAUGGUCAUGGUGGGACCAGCUCACACCUCUGAACGAGAAACCGAUGCUGAACCUGUCUUAGAAAGUUCGGCAGGCCCAGCCGACCGCCCAAGCGUCACCUUUUCCCCUGUAGAGAGUUCGAAUCUUAGUCUUCAGCUGUUGAACCGCGGCACCAGCAGCAGCGCACAGAAACAGACCGUCGGCGAAGCCGAUGCCGUCUCCACGGCAGAGGUACAUUUGGCCUCUGAAACCAUCAGUCAAGCUUUUUGA